UCUGCCUGUGCAUCAGCGGAGGAGCCGAGAGCAGUGGCGCACGGAGGCACGGACGCGGGGGGGAAACUUGCAAUAGCUCUGAGACGACUUUUUUCCUUUUUAUCCAGUAUUGUCUCCCUCCCCUUGACAUUUUGUGCGGCGCUCAACACUGACCGGAGAGUCACUUAUUGUGGCUGCGCUGAACGGGAAGGAGCGAAACAAGGAGAGCCAGAGAGAGAUCAGCGGCGAGGAGAGCGGUCUGUACGCGGGGAGGAGAGUGCGAGUCUCCGCGCUGCGGCUGUGCGUCUUUGCGCUGUAAGGACCCGCAGGACCGGGUUGGAACGGUGCGCUGUGGUUGUUCCACGGGUUUUUAAAAAAGGGGGUUGUGAGGAAUAACUUGGACUUGGUUUCGAAGGGAAGAUUUGUGUGACAUUCUUUCAGCAGAACCGGAGGAAUCCUAUCGGAUCGUACACUCUGCUCCACGCAUGUUGGAAGUUGAGAGAGCAGGGCUGGAUGCCUGCGGGUUUGCGAGUCCUCAAGGCGCAGCCAAGGAUUACUCCCAGCCCGGCCAUCAUUUGACGGAGUAAGACCGCUAAACAGGAGCGCUGUCAUUUCUCCGUUUCUUCGUGCGCUUUGCGAGUCUUUGGAGAGGAUAUGGCACGGCCGGCACUGGAGAGAGGAGCGCAGCCGGCACAGGCGAGAGGAAACCGGAGCUGAAUGACAGGAUGCCAGCGACCUGAGCCCACACUCAGAUCACUCCCGACUGCGCUAAAAGACACACUUUCUGCUUUUUAUUGGACAAGUUAAGAGAAGAACAAGAAGAAAACUUACCAAAAAAAAGAAGCUUUUGGAGGAGUUUAAUUUUAAAAGUUUUUUUGUAUGCGUAAUUUUAUUUUUGGGGUGAUUAAAAACAAGGAUGCAUUGUGGAUUAGUCUUGAUCCUGUUCACGGGAAUCCUCUUGGUGGUCAAGGCUUUCAAAAACGAUAAAUGUGGAGGCAACAUCAGAAUCUCAACCGCCAACUACCUCACGUCGCCCGGGUACCCCAUGUCUUACACCCCCUCUCAGAGGUGCGUGUGGGUGAUAUCGGCGCCUGGCCCUCACCAGCGGAUCCUCAUCAACUUCAAUCCGCAUUUCGAUCUGGAGGACCGGGAGUGCAAAUAUGAUUACAUCGAGGUGCGAGAUGGCGUGGACGAGAGCGGGCAGCUGGUGGGAAAGUACUGCGGGAAGAUCGCCCCAUCUCCAGUCGUCUCAUCUGGAAACCAGCUCUUCAUCAAGUUUGUGUCGGACUACGAGACCCAUGGAGCAGGUUUCUCCAUCCGAUAUGAGAUCUUCAAGACAGGUCCCGAAUGCUCCAGGAACUUCACCUCCAACAGCGGCGUCAUAAAAUCCCCCGGUUUCCCGGAGAAGUACCCCAACAACCUGGACUGCACUUUCAUGAUCUUCGCCCCAAAGAUGUCCGAGAUCAUCUUGGAGUUCGAGAGCUUUGAGCUUGAGCCGGACCCAACCCCCCCUACUGGUGUGUUCUGCCGCUAUGACAGACUGGAGAUUUGGGACGGCUUCCCUGGAGUCGGCCCAUACGUCGGGAGGUACUGUGGGCAGAACACUCCUGGCAGGAUCAUCUCCUACACAGGCAUCCUGGCAUUAACAAUCAACACUGACAGUGCCAUCGCUAAGGAGGGCUUCUCUGCCAACUUCACCGUCAUCGAAAGGACCGUUCCAGAGGACUUUGACUGCAGCGACCCUCUGGGAAUGGAAUCAGGGGAGAUAACAUCGGACCAAAUCAUGGCUUCAUCCCAGUACAACCCCAGCUGGUCCCCAGAGCGCUCCAGACUCAACUACUAUGAAAACGCAUGGACUCCGGCUGAAGACUCAAACAAAGAGUGGAUACAGGUGGAUCUUGGGUUCCUGCGGUUUGUCUCGGCCAUCGGUACCCAGGGGGCCAUUUCCCAGGAGACCCGGAGGGUUUACUUUGUCAAGUCAUACAAGGUGGACGUCAGUUCUAACGGAGAAGACUGGAUCACUUUGAAGGAAGGCUCCAAACAAAAGGUUUUCCAAGGCAACACCAACCCAACAGACGUUGCCAAGACAAUGCUGCCCAAACCCACGCUGACACGCUUCCUUCGGAUUCGUCCCGUUACCUGGGAAACAGGCAUCGCGCUGCGUUUCGAGGUGUACGGAUGUAAGAUAUCAGAGUAUCCCUGCUCGGGCAUGCUGGGCAUGGUGUCAGGCUUGAUCACCGACAACCAGAUCACAGCGUCCUCCCACACAGACCGGAGCUGGGUACCAGAGAACGCUCGCCUGCUGACGAGCCGGACGGGGUGGACUCUGCUGCCCCAGCCCCAGCCCUUCACUAAUGAAUGGCUGCAGGUGGAUCUCGGCGAGGAGAAGCUCGUGAAGGGGUUUAUCAUCCAGGGGGGGAAGCACCGUGAGAACAAAGUCUUCAUGAAGAAGUUCCGUCUCGGCUACAGCAAUAACGGCUCAGAGUGGAGGAUGGUGUUGGACACCAACGGGAAUAAGCCGAAGAUAUUUGAAGGGAAUAGUAACUACGACACUCCUGAGCUGAGGACAGUGGAGUCCCUGCUGACGCGUUACAUUAGAAUAUACCCAGAGAGGGCCACUCCUGCUGGCAUGGGCUUGCGACUCGAGCUCCUGGGCUGUGAGAUUGAAGCUUUCCUGUGGUUUGCCUGUGACUUCGGUUGGGCCAAUGACCCGUCGUUCUGCAGCUGGACAUCCGAGGACACCGGCUCCAGGUGGCAGAUCCAGUCCAGCGGCACCCCCACCCUGAACACUGGACCCAACAUGGAUCACACAGGUGGAUCAGGGAACUUCAUCUACACGUUGGCGGCGGGUCCUCAGGAGACAGAGGUGGCUCGGCUCGUCAGCCCUGUGGUCAGCUCCCCAGACUCUGACCUCUGCGUGUCCUUUUGGUACCACAUGUUUGGGUCGCACAUCGGCACACUGCACAUCAAACAGCGCAAGCAGAUGGUUGAAGGGCCGGCAGACAUCCUGCUGUGGACGGUCAGCGGUCACCAGGGCAACCGCUGGAGAGAAGGUCGCGUCUUUGUGCCGCGCAACAACAAACCCUAUCAGGUGGUGAUCGAAGGGCUGGUGGAGAGAAAGAGCUGGGGAGACAUCGCUGUGGAUGACAUUAAGGUUCUCAAUGGGCUCAGUAUGGCAGACUGUAAAGACCCUGACGUACCCACUGAGCCCAUGUUACCAGAGGAUAAGUUCAAUGAAAUCCUGGAAGAGAUCACUGAAUACCCGGUGUUCGUGGAGACAAACCAGAUCAGCGGAGCAGGCAAUAUGCUAAAAACGCUCGACCCCAUCCUCAUCACCAUCAUCGCCAUGUCGGCACUGGGCGUCUUCCUGGGCGCCAUCUGCGGCGUGGUGCUCUACUGCGCCUGCUCGCAGGGCAGCAUGACGGACAGGAACUUAUCCGCCCUGGAGAACUAUAACUUUGAGCUAGUGGACGGCGUCAAGCUAAAGAAAGACAAACUCAAUGUACAGAGCUCAUACUCAGAGGCUUGAGAUGGGACUGAGCACAUCGAUGAAACUGUGUGACGUGCACGGCUCGCAGAGCGUGCACUAGACUGGCUGUAGGCAUAUCCUCUCGUGCAUCCGCGAGCUGGUCUGCUCAACGGACUGCCAACGCCCUCACCUCGCUGGAUGAGGGACAGGUUCAGGAUCCAGUGGGGAGGUUUGGACUGAUCCACGCUUUUCUCAGGAGCUGCAGUUAAAAAAAUAAAAAGAACCUACCUGUAGGGGACACUGUGUACAAAUAAAAUACAGAAAAGAAUAUGUACAGAUGAUUUAGAUGAUAUUUUAAUUUUCUAUUUUGAUUUUCAUUCAUUUUUACAAUCGGAUGCUGGUGUUGAGACCAAUUUAUUAAUAAUGUUUAAAGUAUUUAUCGUUUUUUGGGAGAGAAAGGUUUGUUUCAUCAUCAGUUUCAUGAAGGCUGUUGUAUAUUUUCAACUUUUGAAAGAGACGUAUCAAAAAACUUAAAAUGACCCAUAUCUGGCGAAGCUGUGGAUUUGCCCCAUGGUGUGGUAAACAGGGUGAGUCCGUAGGACCCUGAGACGUGUCCUCUUUCCUCUUUGACCCAUAUCACUUUAAAGUGAGGGUUCCAUUCAUGGCAAUGUAUGGUUCUAACAGUGCCUUUAGUACAUUUUGGUUGGUCUCCUCUGUUGAUUUUUUACUGUAUAUGGCUUAAGUUAAGAUUACAGGAAACAGGGGCACAUUAUCUUAUGAAUAUCUACAAACCAGGAUAACAAUCUACCACAGCGCUUUAUUUUUAUUUUUAUUCUUGUUGUUGUUGUCUUUUUCUGUCCAAAAAAACCACACACUGUAAAUAAGUUUUAAUAUAUUUUAUUGCCCUUUUUAAAGAAAGUAAAAAGGAAAAAAGCUGCAGUAUCCCUUUUUUCAUGGGUUUGUGUGUGCGUGUGUAAAUACAAUCCUCUCACUGUUUUGUGGAAGCUGCAGUGUUAGGUUUUUAUUUUUUUCCGAUUUAGUUGCUCGGACGAGCGAGAUUCAUGUGACGCUGAUGUUGCAGCAGUUUCAAUGUGCAUUCAAGCAUCUGUCAUCCAAACCACUGCACAACAAAUGAAAACAGAAACACAGGAGAAGGCCACAAAAGAAAAAGCUGACACACUGAACUCUUGGCACCUUCUCUCUUUAAGAUAAUCCUUCAUUUCUUCAUUCGAUCGUUGCUCGCUUAAAUCUUUGCUUCGACAAGAAUCUUUCAGAUUAAGCCUCAAACACAUUCAUGUCAAUGGCACAGGAGCUGGUGAAUAUUCAUCUUCCAGCAAACCAAAAAAAAAAAAAUCCUCAUCCCUUGGUUUCAUCUCAGUUCAACACUCAUCACUGUGGAUUGAGUUCUGUCUGGUCGAUGCAGCUUGAAUGCACUUUGUUUCUGACCCCCCCGCCCCCCCGUGAUAGGAGCCUAUCAACCCUGGGGGGUCACUACACUAACUGAAGAAUGGUGCUAUCAUUACUUUAGCCAGACACGUGUGUCUCGUGAUUAAACCCCUGUUUGUAUCCUUCACAUGCUGUUCUGUAGCUUCAUGGCCGCAACAAGACUUGUACGUGUGUUCACGUGUAGCAGCCAUAACAUUGUGAUGUCAGAGCUGAUGUCACUGGGACGGGUCGCUGGUGCAGUGGAGGGACGAGUGGCAUCACCUGAAUCAGGUCACCUGACCUCCUCCGUCACCUGCCCUCCUCCUCCCUACUCCUCCUCCCUGUGGCUUUACCAAAGGAUGGUCGUUCUGUUCGCCCCGGAGAGGAGGAGGAGGGGGGGGCGGGUCUCACCAACUCACAACUGCUCAGUUCACCAGUGGGCAUCACUCACAAGAGAACUGAUUUGACCCUUCAAAGCCCCUGGAGAGAUAAUCAACAGGGGAGAUGUCGGGAAUUGUAGCCAAGAGAUAUGUUUCUUUUUUUGUUUUAUGUCUUGAAGCUUAAGUGGUGCAGACGUCACCUCAGUGUGGACUUUUUGACCUCUGAGGGGACACACGGGGCAACAGGGACGUGCAAACUCAAUCAAACAAUCAAGAACUUGACCCUGCGAGCGGUGACGUCUUCUCCAUCCUGUGUGCGUUGUACGUGUCGCCGUGGUGAACGCAUCCCCAGCUGGUCCCAUUUCAGUUUCAGCCUCUCCACCGUCCGUCUGCGCUUUCAGCUCUAGAAGGACUGUAGCCAUGUGUGCUAGAGAAAACGGAUACUGUAGUGUGGACUCAAAAGAAACGAUGUUGCACUGAUAAAUAUAUUUAAGAGGUUUAUGUGUUUAUAGCAUUCAUUUUCCAGAAAAAAAACAAACAGAAGAAAGUCAAAAAAAACAAAAAAUGUGUUCAAUUCUUUCAUCUUUUUUAUAUAUAUAUAGUUUCAGAUUAUGUGAUAUAAUUCUGAAAUGUAAAGAUAUCGAGAUGUUUUCAUUAUUGAAAAAGGCAUAAUAGAUUUUUCCAACAGUAAUGUCCCUGACCCUUCAUUUACAUAUUAACGCUUCAUUUUGUACUGUCUUUCAAAUUUUGUGCGGAACUUCUUUUUUUUUUUACCAGAAUAAGAAAAUAAGACUUUUAUUUUCAAUACUGCUUCUGUAAUUUGCUGUUGUAGGAGAAAAAAAUGAAUAAAACAGCAAGGCCUUAAAAAGAGAAGAGGAUACUUGUUGUGUUAGAAUCUGAAGCCUCUUUGUUUCCACGCUGGCGGACGUCACGGUCGUGCUGUAAAGGAUCAAACCGGCUGAAGCGAAAUCUGUUUUCUUCAUCACAGUCGUGUUAAAGCACUUUUGCAGCAGGACAGUGAACAUUUUGUUUGCUCUCUGUCUCACGGCCAUCGCUCUUCCAAAGAUACAAAUAA